CCACCAUUCAACAGAAAGAGCCAAAGAUGUCGGCUCAGUCAUGUGAUCAGCUAGCACUGAUAAUCAGUGUGCCCUGAUGAUCUGUGUAGCCCCAGCAGUGCCACCUGUCAGUGUCCAUCAGUGCCAGCUGUCAGUGCUCAUCCAUGCCACCUGCCAGUGUCCAUCAGUGCCACACCAGUGCCACAUUUCAGUGCCCAUCUGAGCUGCCUUUCAGUGUCACCCAUCAAUGGCAGUCAGUGCCACCUAUCAGUGCUGCCAAUCAGUGCCACCUAUCAGUGCCGCCAAUCAGUGCCACUCAG